UCUAGAUAAUAGGGGUGCUGUUUUGUAGGUUUUAUUUUCUAAGUCAAGGGUGGAGAGAGCAGCCCUAACCCCUCACAUAAAGACACCUCAAAAGCCGAGAUCCGAGGUGGGACGGGCUCACAGCGCACUUUGCAAACUGCAAAAAGUCGGGAGAUGUUUGCAAUUGGUUAUGCGUGUGGAGCGCAGGGAGGGAACGCAGCUAGGUAGGCUUUGGGGCGGGAGGGGGAGGGGACGAGCCGCUCAGUGCAACGUGUAUGCGGUAACGGGACUGAGAACUUUUAGCCGGCCCUGGGACUGCCCCCGACUCAGGUCCCCAACCUGAAGCUAGCGCAGUUAGGCAAGUGGGGGAAAUCCGGGGAUACCUUCCAGCAGCCUUCUCCCCUAUCCUCCUCCUGCGGGGCGCCGACUCCGGCGCCGGGUAGCCCUCCACCCAUCGGUAAAGCUGGCCUCGAACCCUCAGCCGCGCUGCCUCCGCCUCCAGCGCCGAGACGUAACGGGGGACCCGUGCGUAACGGCUGACGCGCUGGAAUCCUCCGUCUGACGCGGGGCACGCACAGCGCGCGGCGCCCCCUUCGUCCGCCCCGCCCCUGACGUCCAGGGAGCGUUCUAUUUUGGAACGCCGGGGCCACGUUGCUAAGGGAGGGGGCAGCCCGGCGUUCCGAUUGGUCGCUGCGGCGCGGGCUUUGGCCAAUCAACUUUCCCUUCCUAUUUGUAGGGUGCAGUUUCCUUCCCCCUCUGGGUCCCCGGAACCCGUGGUUCCAGGGAGUUUGGGUCUGCUUCACCGGCUUGCAGAGGCCGAGCGAGGGGAUUCCUAUCGCGACAAGAGCGACUCUUCGCGACUCAAUGGGUUCGCGAAGGCUCUGCGGGGAUCGGAUCCCUCGGCUCUCACGGGCAGGGAGUGUCUGUUUGUGCGCCGCCGUUUCUCGGGGAGCCAUGGUGGCCGUCACCCUCGUCCGUAGGCACACACAGACACAGCCCCACUCCCUCUGCUCCGGACUCCAGGUCCCUCCGCUGUAUCCGAAGACAGGACUAGAAUCGCUAACCGGAGGGGAACAAGCCAGGUGGUCUCCAGGAGCCCCGCCCCCUCUGGGUUCUCAGGGCGCUGAUUGGCCGGCGCGCCAGCCCAUCCCUCUCCACGCCCCCCGAGAGAGUAGUUAAGCCUUCAGAGCAGUUCCAGGAUUCCAUUUGCGGGUGGGGGGAGAUGAGUUCUGCCUGGGCUUGGGGGCUCAGAUCCUGCACUAUUCCCCCUCUGGGACAAUCUAAGGGAGCCCGGGUGGUGACUUUACCUGUCCGUUCACCCUAACCUGUCACUUGUCAGUCUCACUCUGGGGAGAGACAGUUACUUGAAACGUUGUCCUAAACUCCUAGGCCCGUCCCCCCAAUACCCUUUUAGCUGGGACCCCCGCCUGUCGCACCGAGGGGUGUGUGUAUGUGUGUGAGUGUAGAGGAAGGCUUGGCCUAAGGCCUCUCCUUCUCCCUCCCCUUGCCUCUGGGGUGGGGGUGGGGUGUUGUGGCUGUGUGUGUGGCUGUGGCUCCCUCCCGGGGGUUCUGUCACCGGCUGUGUCCAGCCUCCUCUCCACCCCCCACACCUAAGAGUCACCAACCCGGGGUGUGAUUCACCACCCGCUGGAACCGUGCAACCUUUCCCCGAGGAAGGAGGAGGAGGUAGAAGCCAGUUGAGCAGAAAUCCUCUCAUUAACCACUGCGUCACGGUGUAGUGGAAGGGAGUGCGCCGGUCUCGGGGAAAUGCCCGGUUCCUUCGUGCCCACGGUCACCGCGAUCACAACCAGCCAGGACCUCCAGUGGCUUGUGCAACCCACCCUCAUCUCUUCCAUGGCCCAGUCCCAGGGACAGCCACUGGCCUCCCAGCCCCCAGUUGUCGACCCUUACGACAUGCCAGGAACCAGCUACUCCACACCAGGCUUGAGUGGCUACAGCAGUGGCGGAGCUAGUGGCAGUGGCGGGCCUUCCACCAGUGGAACCACCAGUGGACCUGGGCCUGCCCGCCCGGCCCGAGCCCGGCCCAGAAGACCCCGAGAGGAGACGCUUACUCCGGAGGAAGAGGAGAAGCGAAGGGUUCGCCGGGAACGGAACAAGCUGGCGGCAGCUAAGUGUAGGAACCGUCGGAGGGAGCUGACCGACCGACUCCAGGCGGAGACAGAUCAGCUGGAGGAAGAAAAGGCAGAGCUGGAGUCGGAGAUCGCCGAGCUCCAAAAGGAGAAGGAGCGUCUGGAGUUUGUGCUGGUGGCCCACAAACCGGGCUGCAAGAUCCCCUACGAAGAGGGGCCUGGGCCCGGCCCGCUGGCGGAGGUGAGAGAAUUGCCGGGGCCAGCGCCCGCUAAGGAAGAUGGUUUCGGCUGGCUGCUGCCGCCCCCGCCACCACCGCCCCUGCCCUUCCAGACCAGCCAGGACGCAGCCCCCAACCUGACAGCUUCUCUCUUUACACACAGUGAAGUUCAAGUCCUCGGCGACCCCUUCCCCGUUGUUAACCCUUCGUACACUUCCUCGUUUGUCCUCACCUGCCCGGAGGUCUCCGCGUUCGCCAGCGCCCAGCGCCCCAGCGGCAGCGACCAGCCUUCCGAGCCCCUGAACUCGCCCUCCCUUCUCGCUCUGUGAACUCUUUAGAAACACAAAACAAACAGACACACGAGGGAGAGAGACUUGGAAGAGGAGGAGGAGGAGAGAGAGGGGAAGAGACAAAGCGGGUGUGUGGCCUCCCCGGCCCUUCUGUGUGACUCUGCCGUCGCCGUCGGACGGGAGGGAGGACUCCUUGCGUUCUGUGCUGCCUCUUGCUCCCGGGCCCCGGCAAGGCCGGAGAGCCGGUGACUUUGGGGACCAGGGGAGGGAAGGGGAUGGGCACGCCCGGCUAGCGGCCUGUUGACCCUCUCACCGCACCCAGCCUCCGGGAAGGGUGGGUGGGGGGCGACGCCCACUUCUGGGCGGUCCCGCGUGGGGCUGGAGGGGAGGGGCGCGGCGUGGGCCGCGGGGUGGGCGGGCGGCCUCUCCAGAGGGGUCCAACAAGGAAAUGCCACCUCCCCGACGUCCCCCACGCCGACCCCGACCCCUCGGCGGGUGACCAGGCUGGCUCCCCCUGCCCUCCGGACCUCGGCUUCCCUGUCCCACGCUCCCACGGGCUCAGAUCCUCCUCCGGGCAGAGCCGAGCCCCGCCCCGCAGAGGGGAGUCCGUGUUCCCCUCUGACAGCCCCCCCUCCCGCCCCAGACUGACUCUGAAAUGUGAAUUUCCCUCCCUGACCGUCCAGCCGCUCCCUCCCAGAAAGCUGGCACCGAUUGGAAUGUCCCCUCCUAAGGGUUCCAGUCCUGCUCCCUCCAGCCCUGCCCUCCUGGCCUUCCUUGUUGGACCUUUCUGACUUCAGGCUGCAGGGAGCGCCGUGGUGCCCGUCCUGCUUGGGUGUUUAUACUGUGAAACGAGUUGGCCGGAUUGUGGGGGUGCUGGGUGGGACAGUGCCCGUCCGGGGGGAUUGUGUCCCCCACUCCCAAAGCCUUUCCUUGGUCUCCCGUCCCCGCCCACCUGCCCUCAACGGUGAGUUAGACUCAAGGGGGUGACAGUUCUCCAUCCCCGGGGCCUCUCUGUCCCCUCAGGACCCUCAGCCCCAAGCCCUGGCCUUUGCCUUUAAGGCCUGUCACUUGUCCCCAGCCUAGGACGCCGACUUCUCCCUCCCCUCGGCCGCCCCGCAGCCUCUUUAGCAAGGGAACCAGGGGGGGCGACAUUUUUUUCUGGAGAAGAUUUCAGGGCUGAGGCUUUGCCCCCCAACCCGGAAUGUCUGUGGACUGGCAAACUCGACAGGGCUGGGCUCCCGACCCCAGCCUCCCGCCCCGACUCCCCCGGCCCUAGUCCUGUCCCUCCCGCCUGCCCUGUGCUUCACCUCGUGACAAUUUUAUCACGAGGCAAAUUUAUAUUUUUUAAUAUAGAGGGUGGGCAAUGCCCCUCCGUGCUGCAUGGAAAACAGUCCGCGUGCCCGGCCCAGACCCCUCCCCUAGCUAUUUAUCCCUUUCCUGGUUUCCGAAAGGCACUUAUAUCUAUUAUGUAUAAAUAAAUAUAUUAUAUAUGGGGGUGUGUGCGCGAGUGAGUGUGUGAGCGCUUCUGCAGCCUCGGCCUAGGUCACGUUGGCCCUAAAAGCGAGCCGUUGAAUUGGAAACACUGCUUCUGGAAACUUCGAACCAGCCUGUCUCUGGCUGUCUGUCUCCAGCUAUCCCUCUUCUGAUUGUCUCUCUCCUGUCUGCCCUCUGCCUGUUUUCAUCUGGGACCAUUUCUACCUGUCUCCUAUCUGACUGUCCUUGAUCCUCCAGCUGUCUUCUGACACCUGGUUCACUGGGGACAUGAGAUUUUAUUUUUGUUGUGUAAGCCUGAGGGAUCAUAGAGUUUUACAAUCUGUAUCUUUGAGAAUUCUGGGUGCCAGUGUGAGACUCUGAGCAGGGGCGCCCCUGCCGACCACAGUGAUUGAAUCCCCAACCCCCCACCCUGCUGUGUUUGUGGUUCUCUUUUUGUAUUUUGCACCUGACCCUGGGGGGCUGGGGCAGACUGGCGCUGGGCCGCUCUCCUCCCCCCUUGGUUCUGCACUGUCGCCAAUAAAAAAGCUCUUUAAAAAGCAUG